AUGAUGUAGGAAAUCUUAAUUUUAUUUUAAGAAGUGGAUCCAUUAAAUAACUCUGUAGGAUGUUUCUAUCUUCUAAGGAGUAACCAAUUUAUAUAUAUAGAAGGAACAGUCUAAAUUCAAAAUGAUCAAUUAUUCUUGAAUAUAUUUCAUAAUAGUUCUAAAUAUUAUAUUAAAAUAACAAUAAGAUUUUCGUAUAGUCCUUAAGAUGAACAAUCAGAUUAAUUUAGAACUCAAUAUAAUAUUUAUGCAUUUUUAACCUUUUAGUUAAUAAUAAGAAUAAUAAAAAUUGACAUUCUUCAUUUCAAAAUCAUAUGCUUGAAUUUACAUUGCAAUUUUAUCUAAUAAGAUUAUUGA